AUGAUUUUACUAGUGAUUGACAGAUUAACUAUUAAAAUGGGCCACUAUAGACGCAAAAAUGCAAUGUCUUACUUCAGAAACAGUAAAUCUCCCUUGCUAGAAAUACAGGAUAAAAAAGUAAGAUGGUGUAUUUAUCUGUUCGGAGCAAACAGCGGACUGACUUCCUAUGAUUUUAAGGAAAUUGAUAUUCAAACAGUAUACCAUGCAAUACUAAAAAUGAAUUCAUCAGUUUACGAAUUUGAAAGACACGGAUUUUCUGUGCCUCCAAAUUCUUACUCAUUGGACGAUAUCAUUUUCAAAAUGAACGCUUUCAAAUCAUUCGCAGAGUUUAACUACCAAUACGAUUCACUUGUAAAUCUUAUAAUAUUGGCAGUUGCAAAGAUUUUAGAACUCUUGGAAACAAAGGAUUUCAAUCAACAUUCAAGUGUCCAAUAUUACGCUGUGGCCAUAUACGAAGCUAUCACCAGUUUGAAGUUUAUCAGUCACCUACUAACAGUAUCAACCGUAUUAUCCCAACUAUUCCAGCCAUUUUGGCUCAAUUUUCUCGAACAAUCCACUGAUGGUACCAAAAAGAUGAAUUCUUUAUCAUCUAAUAUCUUCGACCUGCUUACAAUCACGCCGCAAUUCCCACAAAAGUAUUACAGCAAAUUUGAGGAUAUUUAUUACAGCUUCGCUACCUAUAGAAAGCAUCCAUUUUGCCCGAUGAAGCAAAUUUCGGAUGUUAUAACGGGGGAAUGUGCUAGAGUUAGUAUUUGGAGGUUAUUGAUAUUACUAAUUUUCUCCAGUAGCGACAUCUUCAUUUUGGUGCUUAACUUAUUGGAAUCUCUCGAUAUUGAACGGGAAAAUAUCAAAAUGGAAUUAGAUAAAGUGGAUAAGUUUGUUGUCUAUUUGAAAAACCGUGAAGGAUUGCUGGCAGUGAAUCAGAUAAUAUUGUACUCCCAACGAGACAAUUUACACGGCACGAAAUUCAUAACGGUAUCCAUUGAUUCCAUACUUGAGAGAUUUAUCAAAGCCUCUCUAAUUUUAAACAAGAAACUUUCAUCACACAUGAAAAAUGUUAAACAUAAUUUUACACUUUCUGAAAUGAAUGAAUACCAAAGUACCACACCAGCUCUCCUCACACAAUACAAGUCACUAUUGGUUCAAACAUCAAAUUUGCUAAAUAACUUCAAUAACAAACUGCCACUCGUUCCUGUGUAUAUUUCACACUUUAAGAGAUCAUUGACAUUUUACAAGAGAUAUCCAUCGGAUAAGUCAAUAGCUAAACAUUUAAAAUGGGAUUUUAUGUUAGCUAGGAGAUUUUAUCUAUUGUUGUACAGGUACUCAUCUAGUGAAUCUAAAGUUAUCUGUCAACAUGAAAUUUAUCAACUUACCAGACUAAUUAAGCUUGAAAGGGUACAAUAUACUCAGAACGCAGCCAUUACACUAAGCGUCUUUAGCAGCGCAUCUGUGAAUUUAUUAGAACGCACAAUAAUGGCAUUGUUCAUAGCAAUUUGUAAGCCCAAAUUGAUCAAAUUCUUGCAGCCUCAACUAGAAGCUUGUUUGCCAUAUGAUAUAGGGGGAAGGAUCAGCGGGUUGCUGUUGACCAUUGACACUUCUAUGGAGUCUAAUAUAGUAUUUUCCGAAAAACUGGUAAAGCUAAGUGGUGUGAUAAAGACAAUUGAACAUGAUAAACGAAUUGAGUACUUGGAACAAUCUCUUCGAACUAUAUUCGAAACCGCCGAAACUCAAUCGAUCCCCUCGAUUUCGAGUAUUGAAAUAAUGCAAUCCGCUGAACGUACGCCGUUUAUGAUAAAAUAUCAAAUUCAAAAUAGGCAGGUCGGGUAUAUAUACAAGUAUAACGAUAAUUUAUCACAUGAUUUAUUGACUAUGCAGUUUAUCGAGGCUUGCCAAGAAAUCUUUAGGUUGAAGGGGUUGAAGCUUUACCUAUGCCCUUACUAUGUUCGACCGAUUAUUUGUUCAGACGGUGUGAGAGGUGGGAUUAUUGGUGCUAUUAAUGGCGUCAAAAGUAGACAACAAAUAAUAAAUUCCAACAUUUCCCUAGAGGAGUAUUACAGACGAACUUUUACUGGAAAUCCUAGUUACCAAGAAGCAGUUUCAAAUUUCAUACACUCACUUGCCGCCUAUUCUUUAGUGUGUUACAUAUUCGAUGUCAAGGAUAGGAACAAUGGUAAUCUGCUUAUCACUGAUCAGGGGCAUAUUAUUCACAUUGAUUUUGGUUUUAUUUUGGGCAAAUUUCCUGGUGUAGAUCUUAAAUUUGAAUUGGCUCCUUUCAAACUAGACAGAGAUAUGAUUCAAUUACUUGGAAACGAUAUAGAAUCAAGCGGCAUCAACAAACUGACAAAAUUUCUGAUACAAGGAUACCUUGCGUUGAGGGAAUAUCAUGGGUACCUGAUUGAAUUGUUGAGUUUACACAAGGGUGGUGGGAUUGAGUGUGUUAGUGAAAAAUCAAUUGAUAAGUUUAAGAGGAGACUGGGUGUGGGCCUCAGUGUAAUGCAGUGUAGGAAUGCUAUGAAAAAGUGCGUCAUGCAGGCCUACGGUAGUAAAACAACGGUUAUGUACGAUUGGAUGCAGUCGCUACAAAAUAAAUCUAGACAACGGCAGAACAAACCCGUACGGCAAACCUGA